UGCCACUUAUUCGUACAAUUUUCGUGGCUGUAGCCGCAUUGGUCGUGCGGCUCUCGUCUGCUCCUCGCGCAAUAAACCAAAAAGAAAAGCGGAACGUAGAAAUAAAAGCAGCUACCCUGCCCUAAAAAUUCCCUUUUAACUUAUUUGUGAAAGGGUAGGAACCCCGAUUCGAGCCGCCCACUACGCGUUCCGAAAGUAAGAUAAAUCGAGAGCCCUGGCCAGCUCCAACCUUCAGAUCCUUCAGCACAUCCUCAUGGCCCCCGUGAGCGGCUGUUCGCCAACCGCCACCCACUCGCUGCAGGAUAUGAGCGCCGCUGCCGCGGCCAUCGCCUUGGACAUGAAGCCCAAAGGGGAGCCCCACCCCCUGGCCGCCGUCCCCGCCAAGAAACUGGUGCGGCGCAACGCCUCCGACAAGCUGAAGCUCAUUCGAAUGGUCCACGACAAACCGAUCCUUUGGGACUCGCGCCUUCCGAACUUCAAGGGCGCGGAGGAGGAGAAAAAUCGCGCCUGGGAGCAUAUAGGACGCGAGUUCAACGCCCCCGGCCGACGCGUGGCAAGGGCCUUCAAGUCCCUGCGGGAAUCCUACCGCCGGGAGCUAGCCCACGUCAAGCUGAUGGGUACCGACUUUAAACCCAAGUGGAGCCUCUAUGAGGCCAUGGACUUCUUGCGCGACGUCAUCAGAGAGAGAAAGGGGGCUUCGCAUGCCACCGAUCUUAGCCUGGCUGCGUAUGGCCAUAUUCACAACAACAAUAAUAAUAAUAACACUAACAGCCUGGGAUCAGGCGGAAAGGCAGGGGCCCUCAAGCUCUCAACAUCUUUCAACGAGUCAACCUCAGUGUUGAAUCUCUCCAAAUGUUCCUCGCAGAACAUGAGCGGCGAAGACUACUACAGCGACUACUACGUGAAGCCGGAGCUGGAUCUCUCGGCGGGCAAUGGGGCCGGAAGCAACAGCAGCGGCAGUAGUUUCACCGGAGGGCCACUUCCGUUGCCGGCACACCAGCAUCAGGCUCAGAACGACAGUCGGGUGAGCUCUACUCGAAACGAGAACCAACACGUUCAGCACUGCUACGACGACAUCGAUGCCAGCUCGAAUCACAGCGGGGACGAGGACACCGGCCACGCAUCUGACGGUGUGGAGGAGCUGGAUGCUAUAGACGCCGACUUUCCAUACCCCCUGAUUCUGGACUUCAACUCUCGCGGGAGCACUAAUGCGGGCGUGGACGAUGUAGCCCCAUCACGCAAGCGGCGCCGUAACGUAGAGCAGGUCGGACUAGAGGAGGGCAAUGGCGAUGCCGAUGCUGCCAUUGAUGGUGACGACUAUGAGGAGCAGAUGCUGCAACAGCACCGUCAUCUUCGCCAGCAGCAGGGUGCUGUUACUAGCGGAGGGCUGGAUCUGCCGCCCCCGCAAACAGUGCGUGAGGUCCUUAACUCCAAGUUCUGCGGCUUCAUCUCGGCCAAGCUGAACAGCAUGGAGGACUCGGAAGCGGACAACCUUAUGAACCGCAUUCUUCUUUUAUUGGUUCAAGUGCAGCAGUGCGAGGGGUCCACAAAAUAGGCUGUCCGAGGGAGGGGUUAGUUUUAGUAGCCAAGAAAAGCUCGUUAUCGAUUGAAGGAGCUGCUGAAAGCACUUAUAGCGGAUUGAUUCCUGUCAUUUGCUCUGAUUUUUAUUGCCAUAAGAAUUAUAAACUUACUUGCCAAUGCCAAAUCUGUGCCAUACCAAAAAUAUCUUUCAUGCAACUAUAAGAAUGGGUUUGCAAAAAAUUAUCGUAUUUCCUUUGCCCUCAUUUAAAACAAAGAACAGAACUCAAUGAAAACAAAAGACACAAAGACAAAAACAAAGAAAAUAGGUCAAGAAAAAGACUUAGGUUAGUUAAACAUUAAACGUUAAUUUCGUUUUAAGUCUAUUAACUGUAGAUUAUACUCAUGGAAACAUCUCAUCACAUGAACCUUACCUUUUACAUUAGCAAUUCUAUCAACCAGAUUAGGUCAUGACGUAAUAGAUCUGUUUGUUAAAUUAAACAACUGGGAAGAAAAAACACCCACUGGGAUAGUUCUUUCUAUGAUUAAGCUAUCGCCAUAAUUUUAGCUAAACAACGAAGUGAAUAUUUAUAUUUUUCUGAAAACCAGAAUUCUUUCUAUAAUUUUUCAAUAUUUACGUUUUUAAAUAAAACACCACAUACGGUAAAUAAAUAUAGUUUUGCCCAUAGCUUUAAUAACUUAAA